AUGGAAGAGGCAGGUGGCAGUAAUGCUGAAAAUAUAGGAACUCUCAAGAAAAACAAUACUGGAAAAUUGGGUUCUCAAGAAAAGUUAAGUCUAAACCAAAUCUCUGUUGAUGAUACCAUGAAAGAGGAAAUAUUGGAGAGUAAACAGAUGGUUUCUAAAUCUAAUUGUGAGGAAAUGAGAAAGAAAGGUGAGAAAACUGAAAUUCCCACUAUGAAAGAGGACGAUACAAUGGAGAGGAAACCGAUGGAUUCUAAGUCAGACUUUGAUGAAAUGAGAGAUAGAGGUGAGAAAACUGAACUACCUGUUGUGAAAGAGGAAGAUCAUGUUGAUGUUGACGGUGAUGAUAAAAUAGCUGAGCCUUUAGUUUCUAGUGUUGGAAUCGAGAAUGAACCUGCUCCGACAUCCGUUAAAAGGAAAUCUAUAGAUGAAGGAGCAGUUGGAAACAAUGAUGUUGUAAAGAGGCAGCGAAGGUGGAACUCAGAAGCCCUCAAGGUUCCUGAACUGCAAAGUGGUAAUAUAGUGGGUUCUAUUACACCUAAGGAUCCAUUUAGGCCUGCUUUCAAGCGCAGCUUUUCUAGAUCUGACUCUACAGUCAGCGAACAAACACCGAAGGAGCGUGUGGUUCCACCAUCAGCAAAGCCUCACACUACUGCUCUCAGAAUUGAUAAUUUUCUGCGCCCUUUUACUUUGAAAGCAGUUCAAGAACUACUUGGAAAAACGGGCACAAUCACCAAUUUCUGGAUGGAUCCCAUCAAAACCCAUUGCUAUAUUUCUUAUUCUUCUGUUGAAGAAGCUGUAGAAACUCGUAAUGCUGUGUACAAUCUCCAAUGGCCUCCAAAUGGGGGACGCUUUUUGGUAGCCGAGUUUGUUGAUCCUCAAGAAGUUAAAACACGGGUAGAGGCACCUCCCCUGUCUCCUGCGACUCCAGGUAGUGCUCCUCCUAACUUCCCUCCUGCUCAUCCCACCGCGCAGCAUCCCCAGCCUUCUCUACACCAACAGCCUCAGAGGCAGCAUCUUCCUCCACCUCCUUCUCUUCCUUCACCUCCGUUGGCUAACCUACCUCCCGCCAAGGAACGCCCACAACUAGAAAGGGAACCCCUGCAAAGGGAACAGCCACUCCCGGCGAGGGAACGACCUAAUCUUCCGCCACCACCUCCACUUGCCGAGAAAGUUGACCCACCAAUUGUCACUUUGGACGAUCUCUUCAGGAAAACCAAAGCAACCCCUCGUAUCUACUACUUACCAUUAUCCGAUGAACUUGUUGCAGAAAAGCUCAAGGCACAAGGAAAGAAUGUCAAGCAGUCUGCAGGUGUUGAAUGUAGGAUGUUCCAGUCAUCCAAGAUGCUGUUUGCCAGUUUGAAGGAUUACACAAGAUUCGAGUUGAAGUUAGGUUAUGCAUUGCCCUAG